AUUCGAUUAAAGAAUAUACGAAAAGUAUAUGGAAGAUGUAUGUGGUAUCGCUUACGAUUAUUAAAACCGCAGCCAAAUAUUAUUCCUACAAUAAAGAAAAUAGUUCUGCUUGCAGGAUGGGCAUUGUUUUUAUUCCUUGCAUACAAAGUUUCAAAAACAGACAGAGAAUAUCAAGAAUACAAUCCUUACGAAGUAUUACAUUUGGAUCCUGGGGCAACAGUAGCAGAAAUUAAGAAACAAUAUCGUUUGUUGUCACUUAAAUAUCAUCCAGAUAAAGGAGGUGAUGAAGUUAUGUUCAUGAGGAUAGCAAAAGCUUAUGCAGCUUUAACUGAUGAAGAAUCCCGGAAAAAUUGGGAAGAAUUUGGGAAUCCAGAUGGACCUCAAGCUACAAGUUUUGGAAUUGCCCUGCCAGCUUGGAUAGUUGACCAGAAAAAUUCAAUUUUGGUGUUACUUGUUUAUGGAUUGGCAUUUAUGGUUAUCCUUCCAGUUGUUGUGGGCUCUUGGUGGUAUCGCUCAAUACGUUACAGUGGAGACCAGAUUCUAAUACGCACAACACAGAUUUAUACAUACUUUGUUUAUAAAACCCGGAAUAUGGACAUGAAACGUCUACUCAUGGUUUUGGCUGGAGCCUCUGAAUUUGAUCCUCAGUAUAAUAAAGAUGCCACAAGCAGGCCAACAGAUAAUAUUCUAAUACCACAGCUAAUCAGAGAAAUUGGCAGCAUUAACUUAAAGAAGAAUGAGCCUCCACUUACCUGCCCAUACAGCUUGAAGGCCAGAGUUCUUUUACUGUCUCACCUUGCUAGAAUGAAAAUUCCUGAGACACUUGAAGAAGAUCAGCAAUUUAUGCUGAAAAAGUGUCCUGCUCUCCUUCAAGAAAUGGUGAAUGUAAUCUGCCAACUAAUAAUUAUGGCCCGGAGCCGUGAAGAAAGGGAGUUUCGUGCUCCAACUUUGGCAUCCUUAGAAAACUGCAUGAAGCUUUCUCAGAUGGCUGUUCAAGGCCUUCAGCAGUUCAAGUCUCCCCUUCUGCAACUCCCUCACAUUGAAGAGGACAAUCUUAGACGGGUUUCUAACCAUAAAAAGUACAAAAUUAAAACGAUCCAGGAUUUGGUGAGCUUAAAAGAAUCAGAUCGUCACAAUCUUCUGCACUUCCUUGAAGAUGAAAAGUAUGAAGAGGUCAUGGCUGUCCUUGGGAGUUUUCCGUAUGUGACUAUGGACAUAAAAUCACAGGUAUUGGAUGAUGAAGAUAGCAACAAUAUCACAGUAGGAUCCCUAGUUACAGUGUUGGUUAAAUUAACAAGGCAAACAAUGGCAGAGGUGUUUGAAAAGGAGCAGUCCAUCUGUGCCGCUGAGGAGCAGCCAGCAGAAGAGGGGGGGGACGCUAACAAGAACAGGACAAAAGGAGGAUGGCAACAGAAGAGUAAAGGACCCAAGAAAACAGCUAAAUCAAAAAAAAAGAAGCCUUUGAAAAAAAAACCUACACCUGUGCCAUUACCACAGUCAAAGCAGCAGAAACAAAAGCAGGCGAAUGGAGUCCUCGGGAGUGAAGCUGUAGUAAAAGAAGACGAAGAAGAAAUGUCUGACAAAGGCAGUGAUUCUGAAGAAGAAGAAACCAAUAGAGAUUCUCAAAGUGAAAAAGAUGAUGGUAGUGACAGAGACUCCGACAGAGAGCAAGAUGAAAAGCAAAACAAAGAUGAUGAAGCAGAAUGGCAAGAAUUACAACAGAGCAUACAGCGAAAGGAGAGAGCGUUACUAGAAACCAAAUCAAAGAUAACACAUCCUGUUUACAGUCUUUACUUCCCCGAGGAAAAACAAGAAUGGUGGUGGCUCUAUAUUGCAGACAGGAAGGAACAGACAUUAAUAUCUAUGCCAUAUCACGUGUGUACACUAAAAGAUACUGAAGAGGUAGAAUUGAAGUUCCCUGCACCGGGCAAGCCUGGCAAUUAUCAGUAUACAGUGUUUCUGAGGUCAGACUCCUACAUGGGUUUGGAUCAGAUUAAGCCAUUGAAGUUGGAAGUUCAUGAGGCUAAGCCUGUGCCCGAAAAUCACCCACAGUGGGAUACGGCAGUCGAGGGGGAGGAAGACCAGGAGGACAGUGAAGGCUUUGAAGAUAGCUUUGAGGAGGAAGAAGAGGAAGAGGAAGAUGACAACUGAACAGUACUAUGAAUGGACCAUCAUAUUUGCAACGUUUUGCUGUUUUGGAAGUGUAUAAUAAACCAGGAGCGGUGCGGAAGGAUGUUGAUGAAAGUGUUAGUUCUUUACUAGAAAUGGAUGCAUAAUUUAAUUAGGCAGUGACGGUGUCUUGGUACAACCUGAAAACACUGAAGGCUUGUUAAACUGGCACGUUAGGGAUGGUGCAUUUAUUUCAUCUGCAAAUGAUAAUAAACCCUUUGUUAUAACUGUCCAGAGUGUGGGCUAUGCAUUAUAUGAUCAACUUACGGUCCCAAAGUAAAGAUACUUGAAAACCAACGUAGAAACAAGCAACUCCUCUUGGUUCGGCAUUAGUUUGAGCAAACAGUGCAGUAUGACACCACGAACAGGUUUGAACAACCUCGGAGAAGCUUUUUGACAUUUUACUGUGGCACAUGCCUAUCAGCUCCAUCUGUGGCUCUUAAAGUUUUCUUGCUACCCAUCAUGGCCAUAAGUUUGUGUUUUCUCAUAUUCCACAUUAUAGGGAUGGCUACAUUUUGGUAUUUUCUUCUCUUUUUAACUGCCCAGAGUUAUCACACAGAUCGUUAAAAAAUGGCUUUUUAUGGCUUAAAACAUUUUUAAGCCUCUGUGUUAGCAGAUCAGUUCAGGGUCUUAGUGAUGUGGGACCAUAUGUUCUCUGAUGCUGGCGACUUAUGUUAUUAAACCUUUACUGAAAGGUUCACUAUGAAAGCUGAAAUACAGUCUUAGCUUUUAAUCUACCUGACUAUCAGAAACCUUUUAAGGAAAAACAAACACAAAAACAUGCAGAGGAGGAACUUUUUGUAUUCACUUUGGACUCCUGUCAAUAAAAUAGAUGUUUGGUUCAUUUUA